UCAAAAAAAAAAAAAAAAAAAAGAACCAGGCGAAGAGAAGUGGGGCAGUUUCCCUAACAAAAGGAACAGCAAGUGUGAAGGCCCAGAGGCAAGGGAAAUGUGACAUUAUCUAUGAGCUGAAAGAUACCUUUUAUGGCUGGUGAGUAGAGUUCAGGGAGACUGGAGAUCAGAGGCUAGAGACAGUGACAAAGGAUGUCAGUUCCCAAGAUGAGUUAAGGAAGCAAGGUAAAUCCUUCUCCAAGAAACUGGGAAAAUUAGAAAAACAGAAGCAAGCACUCAAGGAUGCUCAAGAGUGCUCUGUAACAGGAAGCCCCAUGGGAGAUGGCAGAGUUCAGUGGUGUUGGAACCAUGCCUAGUUUAGACCCCAGGCUCUACCUUCUAGGGUGUGACCUAGAGGAAGUCAUUUCAACUCUCUGCAAAAUGGAAGGAAGCAGAGGAGAACGGGCACCUGCAGGGCACCUACUGUGUACCACGUGCUGUGCUGAGUUGAUUCAUCUACUGAGAAUAGUUACACCUACCUCACAAUGUAACUAAUGAAACUUCAGCUUAAACGUUGUUGAAUGUGUAUGACUAUGCCCAGCACCUAGGAGGCCCUCAAUAAAUGCUAGCUGAGUUGGACUGUGUGCCUGGGGAACAAGGCAGGGCUUGGUGCCAGAGACAAAGAAAGAUCCCGUUAGCAAUGGUAGCGUGAGGUCAGAGUCCAGGCCACCGAUGCAGGUAGGCUCCACCUGAGUGCCAGCUCCAGGUGCUUGGCAGAGGCUCUCAGGAGUGCUGUUUUAGAAGGACUUUGAUUCUCCUGGCUCAUCAGGAGAGAGUCAUGACUGAGUAUCAAUGUCUGCCAUAGGCACAAAAUGGAGUGAUAGUAAUAUGUAUGGCACACAUCUGCCAUUUUGGUCGAAAGCAAGAUAAUACGGACUCCUGUAGCUACAAGCCAAGGAUCUUUGAGCAUCCCUGCCAUGGGCUAACCCUGCAGGUAGAAAGUAAGUGGUCCCAUUUAUGGGUCCCAAAAUUUGGCAGGAAAACUCAGGUCUGAACACUGAGCUGCCAGAGGACUUCCUGCAUUCCCAAGAUGGCUUAUUAGAUGUGGGCUCACAGAGUUAUCUCCCAAUUCAGGGAACGCACAGUGGCCUGCAGGCACCAUUCAAUAAGUACUCAAGCAAGUGUGGGAGAAAUAAAGAUGCAGGCUCUGCCUCUGAGAAGCUCAGACCUGGCUGGGAUCACUUCCCUUCAGAACACAGCCCGAACAAAGCAAGCCCCAAAUAGGGCCUCACCUUAUUUAGCCACUGAAGUCAUAAUUGCACUGAUUUAGAUUUUGAAAGAGGCCACCAUCUUCUGCUAUCUCAGAUCUCCUUCCUUUAAAAAGAAAAGAAGUUUCCCCUUGAAUCUACAAGGGUCAAAUGUUGCAGGAGUCGGUUAAAAUCAGAAGGAUUUACACACCUGCUGCACAUGCCCCCUUGGACACUUGCCGACCAGAAGCUGGACUCAGCCUCCAGCCUGGGCAGGGGCCUCUGUGCAGCUGGUGCUGUGCCCGCGGCCACCGGCUCCCAGACUUCCCACGCAGGGACCCAGAUGCUCCCCUUCCUCAGGUUUGCUGAUGUGGAGCUGGAGUUCCGAUGAGGCAGCCGGAAUUUCUCUCCGUGCUAUUUUAGUAUCGCUGAGAGGCAUGGGAAGGCUUUGUUCUCCCUGGCUGGUUACGUAAUUUUCAAAAGGAAAAACAGAGCAAAGCCCGAACGCUCCUGGAGAUUUUGCUCUUUGGGGAGGAGGGAACUCCCCACCCAGCAUCUGAUGUUCCUUCUGCAAACUUCUCUUCCCUCCCUCAAUUCUUUCCUCUAACCACCCCACCUCAGGGAGGUGAAGACAACAGGGUCCCCUCCUGUUUCUUUCUCAGCAGUGUCCCCACAGGCGUGUUCUUUAGAAAACCGUACAAGGGAAACACAACCCAGGGUGGGUGGCCUCACUGCCUCCCAGGGACCUUAAGACAUUUGCAGUCACCACAGGCUCACACGUCCCAGCGGGAGAGGGCUCACCUGAGGCCCAUCAUGGGCAGCAGAGCCUGUCAGUGGUUCCUCUGCUUGAGACCUAUUUAUUUUAGACUAAGCUGGGCUUUUGGCUCAGGUCAGUUGGUGUCCUGCUGGCUGGUGUGUGUGAAGGGUCAUCCCAGGUCCUAGGCUGGGAAUGGUGCUGGGCAUGAGACAGGCACAGGCAUAGGGAAUGUAGCCCAUGGUUGGCAUCAUAGGCGGCACCAUUAGGAGCAGCCAUCUGCCCAUAUAUCAGAGUUUCCGCAAAGGAAAAUGAGUUUCUGAGCGUGCACAGGUCACUCCACGUGCACCACUGCAACCUGCACUCCUCCAGGGUGGAGGGAGCAGCGCUUAAUUUCAAAAGCCAGAAGGCCAGGGAGAGUUGUUUCUCCUCAUUCCUGGGGGUCCUGCUGCCGCCACUGAGAGAAGACCCAGCUGAGUCUCAACAGUAAAGAUCAGCGAUUACACAGCAGUUCUUUCCUUGGUGAGGAAAUACCUCUGGUCAUUAUGCUUUCGGGAGCCUGUGUGGCCUCCUGCCUUGCUUUUAGCCCCUACUCAGGCUGCAGGGAUUUAAAAAGCUUUCUUUUCUGGGCCUCAGGGAUGCUUUUUAAAUUUAUCUUUCCAUGUGGGUUGUACUUUGUCAUAACCAGAAUCUCACUGCAAACAUGGAGCCAUUCCUGUGUCCACUGAUAUUUAUUUAUUGAAUCCCUCUCUGUAUGCCAGACACUGCCCUGGACCCUGGGUUACAUCAGUGAAAACAGAGAGGUAAGGUUCCCUCCUCCCCACAGUUCUGACUCUGGAAUCUAAUGAGAUCCACGCCAGGUGAGACCCAAGACCCCAGACUCAACAAGGACUUUUCAAGGCCUCUUCUCUAUUUUAGAAAGUCAAGAACUGCAGAUCUCCAAGUCCUUCCUCUCCAUUAGUUAGCUAUCGCCGUAUAACAAAUGUCCCGACAUUUAUUGGCUUAAAGACAACAUUUAUUACCAUGCAGCUCCUGAGGGUAAAGAAUCUGGGCACAGUUUAGUUGGUGCCUCUGACUCGAAGUGUCCUGAGACGUCCAUCAAGCUGUUGGCAGGGCUGUAGUCCACUCAGGGCUCAACUCAGGGAAGGGUUGCCUCCAAGCUCACUCACGCGGUGGCUGGCAGGUCCGUUUCUGAGAACUCACAGGGAUCCCCCGACAGGGCUGCCUCAAGAAGGAGCAGCAGCUUCCCCAAGAGCGAACAGGAGAGAGUGAUUACCUGAGAUGGAAGCUACAGGCUCUUUAUAGCCUGAUCUCAGAAGUGGCAUCCCAUUCCUUUUGCCAAAUUCUGUUCCUUAGAAAUGAGUCAGUGAGUCCAGCACCCACUUGAGGGGAGAGAAUGACACAGGGCCUGAAAACCAGGAUCACUGGGGCAUCUGGGUAGCUGCCUUCCACAUCCUCCAGGCGCCUCUCUGACUGAUGGGACUCAUCCCGCUUCCUGCUACACUUACAGUAGGGAUCACGCAGUUGACUCCUGAAUGUUCCUGUGUUGUUUCCAUAAUUAUUGUUGUGGUUCCACUCCCCCGAUAUGAAUAUAAGCUUCUUGAGGUCAGAAGCCAUGUGUUCUACCUCUCCUCACUUUCCAUUUAGACCAACCAUGUGCUGAGCAAGUUACUCUCAGUUAGAUCAUCUCAGCGUCAAGUGAAAAAAAAAUGUAAAAGUCCAAAGCAAAAAUGUCUUAAACAGCAGUAAGGCUUGACGGUCUCUCUUGGCAAGAAAGCUGGAGGUGGGUAGUUGCAGGCGUGGCUCAGCAGCGAUGCUAGCAAGGUCCCACGCUCCUCUGCCACCUCCCCAUGUGGCCUCAAGACAGCUGCUGCAGCACCAACACCACUUCCUCUACACCCGCAUCCACAAACAGGAAGUAGGGUUUCUUCUUGCUUGGGAAGGAAACCUUUUCCCUUAGGACUCCCCAGCAGACUUUCCCUUAGGCUUGUUGACCAGAACAGGAUCAUAUGACCACCCCUAAAGCAAUCACUGCCCAGAGGGAAUUGUAUUACCACAGUUGGUUUAGAUUCAUGGUCCUCAACAGAGAUGGGUUUGGGAGACGACAUUGCCUCCUGGGACUCUGGGAAAUGUGAGUCUGACCCAGGGACUAGGGAGUGCUAUUGGCAUUUAGUGGGUUGGGAUCAGAGUUGUUAAACUUCCAGCAAUAGUGUAUGGUACAGUCCCAUAAAGCAGAGAGAACUGCAGAAGCUGAAGCCAGUCAUUGUGUAAUCACCUGAGUGAGCUUGGAAGCAGAUCUUCCUCCCUGUUUGAGCCUUGAGAUGACUGCAGCCCUGGCCAACAGCUUGACCUUGAGGCCGAGGCACCCAGCUCAGAUGCCAACACCAACCCUGUUGAAAACUGCUGAUUGAGACAAGUGAUUUUCAACCAGAGGCGAUUUUGUGCCUCCUCCAUAGGUGACAGUUGUCAGUGUUUGGAGACACUUUCAGUUGUCACAACUUGGGGGUGUGACUGGCAUCCAGGAGGCUGAGGCCAGGGAUGCUGCUGAGCACGCAGCCAUGUACAGGACAGUCCCACUGCUAAGGAUCACCUGGCUCAAAAUGUUGACAGUGCUGAGGCUGAGAAACGCUGGUUUGGACCCACUGGGAGUCAUUCCCGAGUGGGCUCAGCUGCCUGAUGGCCGAACCAGACCUGGUUUGUUCGUGAGGAGGAAGCAGGAAUGUUUCCUGGGUAGGUGGCCACAGUCAGUGUCAGCUACAGGCUGUGCUAGUCAGGAUGCCUGCAAGUCAGCCAGCUCAUCCCAAGGAUGCUCAGUCCCUGUGCCACAGGCUCCAGCAUGGCUGUGGUUCACAGUUAAAGGUCAAGAACAUGAUGGAAGGUGGGGGUGUGGUUGUUUAAAAUCAAGGGUUUUUUACUCCACUUUUAAUAUUAUUUCAGCAUUCUAUUUCUGGGUUUCUCUUUCCAUAGAAUGGGGUUACUGUGGCCUCCAUACUGGGUUGAACACAGGCUGAAAAGGUGUCUGCCACUUGCUUUAAUCUGAGACAUACCACAAGGUGUGCCUACCUCACAUUUUUCCCUCACUGGGCCUGAAAACUCACACUGAGCCUAGAUGGUUUGUGGUAAGUCACUCGCUGGGGCUGAGAUCAUGUUAUGGCGAUUAGAGCGUAAGCGUUGGACUCGGACCAACCUGAGUUGACAUCCCAGAUUCUUCACCUGCCAGAGGGUGACUGGGAAAAUCACUUCCCUCUUGGAGCUCCAUGGAAAAUGAUAUCAACCUCACAGGGAUGUUGUGAGACCCAACUGAAAUAAUCAGGUGAAGCCACUGGCCUCUGGUAAACCCUCAGGACAUGCAGUUCCACCAUCUCCAUCAUGUCCUCUUUGCCAUCUCUCUGGAAGGCUUGUUAAAAUGCAAGUGGGGUUACGGAGUGAGGCACAUCAGCCGUACCACAGAAUUGCAGAACUAGAAGGGACCUUUAGGCCAGAUUAGGUAGCUUUUGGAAAGAAUUUGCAGAUGAGCCGAGCCAAGCCUCACCUCCUAGGGUAGCUCCCCAGGAGGCCAGCCAGGCCUGGGAUCGUGUCACCAUGAGGGGCAAAAGGAAGACUGAGUCCAAGAGGAAGGAGACAGUGCAGUGCAGGAGGAGCUAGAAAGGGGCCAGGUCCCAGCACACUUCAGGGCCUGCUUGUGAAUGAGCUAGAGGAUGUUCCCGUGGAGUCUAGAGCAGAGGUCCAUGAACUGCAGCCCACAAGCCUACUCUGGCCCAGCACCUAGUUUUGUAAAUAAAGUUUUAUUGAAAUGCAGCCAUGUACCUUUGUUCAGGUAUUGUCUGUGGCUGCUUUUUUGCUCUAAAGGCAGAAUUAAGUUGUGUUGAGUGGUUUCAACAGAGGCUGUAUGUCCUACAAACAUGAAAAUAUUUCUUCUCUGGCUCCUUAUAGAAAAAGUUUGCCCAUCCUUGGUCUAGAGGACUCCAUUCACAUAGACCACAGUGACUCAUUAGGAUCACGAGCCUUGGAGUCAGACUGAUUGCCAUGUGAAGGUGCCACCUAGAAGCACACAGUGCAUAGCCUGCUCGGCUGGAAACAGCGGCUUCAUGGGAGAAGGGCUUCCUGUAAGUUUCAGAGUGUUCAGGAGAGGGGAAGAAAGCAGCGUCUGUGAAAUGUCAGCACCUUGCUGGGGAGAUAGUUCCUGUGGAAAGUCGUCAGCAUGAGGUUUGGGAGGAUCUGAGCAGACAGGGAGGUGAGUCUAAAUUUAGACUUUCCAAAGCCAAUGUGUAAACCAGAGCCCCAGGAAUCCCAGAAAGGGACAGUUGGCACACGCCAUCUCGUCUCUGGUUUGCCUCCACACGUUAAAAGGCUGGAUGAGUGAGAGAAUAAUUAAUUGCCCUCAAAUAAGCUGUUGCCUGAGAGUCGGUGAGAAAGCAGUGAGAGCUGAAACUCCAUUGUUCAGAGUCCUGAGGGUAGAAAUUUCUAUUCCUGUGUUUUAUUACAAUGCCCAGCCAUGGAAUCAUGGGGACCUUGGCUGCCCUUGCGAGAGUUGCAUGCUUUCCUCUUGCUGGGUGUCAUUCAAGCACGACUGAACGAGUGGCCUUUCCAUCCCAGACAGUGAAUGCCACCUCCCUGGGUUUGAAAUCACACCUGUGGUUCGGAGCAGUACUGAACCACCACCUUUGAACUGGCCCUGAGAAGCUGCACCACACCAAGAGCUGCCACAACCACUCCCCUGCCCAGGUGGACACAUCCAGAUGCCAGUCUGCUCCUCCCCAUGGCUGAUGGGCCCACACCUCUCAGCAUAUCAUGCAAGAAAUGGACCACUAACCUGAGACUUCUUAGGUGGUGGAUGCCUCGUAAUCAGCCCACCUAGUGAGAAAGACAAAGGGUUUACAAUGCAAAUUACAGAGGACUUGGGGAGAGAAACAGAAAAUCAAGAGGCUUGAGAAGAGAGGCAUAAUAAUAAACUCAAAUGGGAACGGAGAAAUGGUCAGACAAGAGGUUGCCUGAUUAGAGCACUGAAACUCUAGAGAGGCAGCAUCUAAGCAGAAGAUGUUACUAAGAGGAUUGAAGUUCAGAAAUAUUAGUUGGUCUGAGUGGUUAGGGCUUGUUGUGAGAUGCGCCCUUUGAACAAUUUCCGUGGCAAGUAUCACAAGGGACAGUGACCCCUAGGAAAUGUAGGCAUCACCACUUUGUAGACAUAAUGAAUGGCACUCAGCUCCUUCUAGUCCACGGAUAUUUUCUAUGCCCUACUUUGUGCCCUGUAAACUACUUGUGAAGCUUACAGUCUAGUUGGGAGAUGGACAUGUACAAAAAGUUAAAUAACAACCCAGGCUAAUAUAUGGUAAAUGCCAAACACAGCAUACACAUGAGUGCCACAGGAGUUUAGAAAAGGGAGAUAUGUCAUUGAGUACCGGGAUGGAUGCUUUAGGAAAAAAAGGAGACUUUGGAUUCUGAAUGAUAGGAUUUCAACAAAUGGGGGUGGUGGGGAAGCAUGAGAAUAUUUCAGGAACUGGGAAGGUACAAGCAAAGAAGCCAGGCAGGAAAGAGUCUAUUUAGUGGCCCACCAGAAAGGUAGAGUGGCUGGAAUCGAGGCUUUCCACCUUGACAUGGUACUUGCCCCCUAAAGCUGACAGCAUGUUGGGAAGACCACUGAAAAAGAGACACACACACAGGGUGUCUCUUCCCAUGCAUGAGAGGGAAAGAGUUUUAAAAAUAAAUAAAGCACCUCUUAAUUAUUUGCAGAUUAUCUGCAUUGCAGCUGACCUCAAGCAAAUCCUGCAUUCAGCUUGCUUGUGAUGUCAUCCCCUCUCUGCUUAGGUGCUCAUUCCUCUCUCUGUUUACAACCCAGCAGGAGCUGGAAAGGGAAGAAGGCUUAAGCAUGUCUCUUCCUAAAAAAAAAUAAUAAUAUGCGAUUGCCUCUUUGCUGUGCCCUUGGGAGCCAGACCAGGCUUGUGGGGAGAAAGAGAAGCUUCAAUGUAAUUGCCAUUACGUGACUUGGGCAGCAGGAGUCGAGGAGUGAGACAAUGGGGAGCUGCGGAGGCUCUUUGAUUCCCCUGAGUUAGGUAUCCAGGUGGACUUCACUAGCACAGGCCAUAGAAUCUGGUUCACUGGGUGCUCCCAGCACUGUCUCUUAGUGGCUGGGCAUCCUCAAACAGAGUGAAUGGUAUUCAUUUACCCAUUCAUCAGAUGGAUAUUGACCCUAUCUAUACUGAAAGCACUAAGCUGGUGUUCUCCAAGCCUUGGUGUCCUCACCUGUAAAGUGAGAACUGGAAUCAGAAUUGAUGUUUCUCCGUGGAAGUGCUGUUGGCAUUUGGGAGUGGAGGGGUGGAUGUCAGUGGACGUGCUCUGGGCAUUUGGGCAUGGAGGUGGGGAUGCUCAGUAGAAUGGUUAGCAAAUCCGGCCCUGCCCAUUAAAUACCAGUAGUGACUCCCAGUCAAAUAAGGUGAGGAGGGCAGUAUCAUCUCUAGAUAACGACCACAGGCCUUGUUUGCUUAGAUUGCUUCCCAAUCUGAAAUUCUGUAAGUCUGGUUGUUUUGUUCCUGGACCCAGUAAAAACAUGCAGAAUAGAAUUAUCAAAGAUCUGACAAAUUAUCAGAAUCUUGAAUACAUCUUAUUCAAAUAUAAGGGAAUGUUUAACUAAACAGCAACAAUAGGUAACAUCUGUCGAGCAAUUACUAUGUUCUAGGCCCUUGGCAAAUUUCUUUCAUUAGAAGUCUUUACAGGGGAUCUGAUUGUUUACUAUUUCAGAUCAUCUGUGUCCCCUAAUUUGCCCCGUUAAUUUCAGAGCAUUGAGUUGACUAUUGUUUUUGCUUCAUUUAUCUUUGCAGAAUUGUGCAGACUUCAGAUAGGAAAGCGUCUCUACAGGAGGCCCUGUGAUAUGAUGAGAAUAAAGCAGCAGUCUGCCAGGGAAGGAGACUUGGUCUGAAAGAUGCCACAUUCCUGCAGCCUCUCUGGGUGCAGUGGAAUACAGUCUUGGGCAAGGUGGCGUGGAUGAGCUGGCGAAAGAGGAUGCUGCCCAUAUCCAAAGGCUCCAGAGGAUCCCGGCUUGGCAGCUGAGCUCCCCUGCAUCUGGAACCUCGGGCGUAACUUGGUGUAGAGUUCAUGAAAGGUGCUUGGGUUUCUCCAGCUUUUUUCACCAGUGCUCACCAGACCGGCCCAGGUUUUGGAAUCUAAGGUGAGCUGGUAGAAACGGGAGAGGUAGAAAGAAGCCCCUGGAUGCCUCUAGAAUUCAUUGAUGGGAUCCCUGCAUACUGCUUGGAACACAGAGAGAGGCUGUGACACAGCUGAGCUUUGGAGCAUCUUAAGUAAAGGAGUUCAGCUCAGCAAACAACUCUUACAUUUCAGCCUGUAACAAAGUAUUCAAAGGGGAGAGUUUCUGCAUCUUUUACUUUGCAGUCCACUAUGGUAGAAAACUUGACAUUCCGUAGAUAAUGAUACUCGGUUUUCUUUCCAAGAUGCCAGAUUUAAAAAGAAAUAUGAGCCAUUCUAAGCUUUAAGGAGUGUUCAGGAAACACAGGAAUUAGUGGACAGCCCUCCCAAUGCAGGUUAAGGCAACAGUCUGAGCCCCCAACUAGUGCAGCUCAGCGAGCAUGGCCAUAUGCCAUUCUCGUCUCCAGAGAGCUGGUGGCAGUGACCUCACCAGGAGAAAAUGCAUCCCGCAGCCGUGGGACUUGACAGAAUGAAGUGUGCGAGGGAGACCACUAGCCGAGACUUGGCCUUUCCUGACUGCCCCUGUGUUACCUGGGCAGCUCCAGAUCACUGAGCCCACAAUGGCUGAGAAGGGUGACUGCAUCGCCAGUGUCUACGGGUAUGACCUCGGUGGGCGCUUUGUUGACUUCCAACCCCUGGGCUUCGGUGUCAAUGGUUUGGUGCUGUCGGCCAUGGACAGCCGGGCCUGCCGGAAGGUCGCCGUGAAGAAGAUUGCCCUGAGUGAUGCCCGCAGCAUGAAGCAUGCACUCCGAGAGAUCAAGAUCAUUCGGCGUCUGGACCACGACAACAUCGUCAAAGUGUACGAGGUGCUCGGGCCCAAGGGCACUGACCUGCAGGGUGAGCUGCUCAAGUUCAGCGUGGCCUACAUCGUCCAGGAGUACAUGGAGACUGACCUGGCACGCCUGCUGGAGCAGGGCACACUGGCGGAAGAGCAUGCCAAGCUGUUCAUGUACCAGCUGCUCCGCGGGCUCAAGUACAUCCACUCCGCCAACGUGCUGCACAGGGACCUGAAGCCCGCCAACAUCUUCAUCAGCACAGAGGACCUCGUGCUCAAGAUUGGGGAUUUCGGGUUGGCAAGGAUUGUUGAUCAGCAUUACUCCCACAAGGGUUAUCUGUCAGAGGGGUUGGUAACAAAAUGGUACCGCUCCCCACGACUGCUCCUCUCCCCCAAUAACUACACCAAAGCCAUCGACAUGUGGGCCGCCGGCUGCAUCCUGGCUGAGAUGCUUACAGGGAGAAUGCUCUUUGCUGGGGCCCAUGAGCUGGAGCAGAUGCAGCUCAUCCUGGAGACCAUCCCUGUAAUCCGGGAGGAAGACAAGGACGAGCUGCUCAGGGUGAUGCCUUCCUUCGUCAGCAGCACCUGGGAGGUGAAGAGGCCUCUGCGCAAACUGCUCCCUGAAGUGAACAGCGAAGCCAUCGACUUUCUGGAGAAGAUCCUGACCUUUAACCCCAUGGAUCGCCUAACAGCUGAGAUGGGGCUGCAGCACCCCUACAUGAGCCCAUACUCGUGCCCUGAGGAUGAGCCCACCUCGCAACACCCCUUCCGCAUUGAGGAUGAGAUCGAUGACAUCGUGCUGAUGGCCGCUAACCAGAGCCAGCUGUCCAACUGGGACACGUGCAGUUCCAGGUACCCUGUGAGCCUGUCGUCGGACCUGGAGUGGCGGCCAGACCGGUGCCAGGACGCCAGCGAGGUGCAGCGCGACCCGCGCGCGGGUUCGGCGCCGCUGGCAGAGGACGUGCAGGUGGACCCGCGCAAGGAAUCGCACAGCAGCUCCGAGCGCUUCCUAGAGCAGUCACACUCGUCCAUGGAGCGCGCCUUCGAGGCAGACUACGGGCGCUCCUGCGACUACAAGGUGGGGUCGCCGUCCUACCUGGACAAGCUGCUGUGGCGCGACAACAAGCCGCACCACUACUCGGAGCCCAAGCUCAUCCUGGACCUAUCGCACUGGAAACAGGCGGCCGGCGCGCCCCCCACGGCCACGGGGUCGAUGGACACCGGGGCGCGCGAGGACGAGCCGGCCAGCCUCUUCCUGGAGAUCGCGCAGUGGGUCAAGAGCACACAGGGCGGCCCCGAGCACGCCAGCCCGCCCGCCGACGACCCCGAGCACCGCCUGUCUGCCUCGCCCCCCGGCCGCCCGGCCCCGGUGGACGGUGGCGCCAGCCCCCAGUUCGACCUGGACGUGUUCAUCUCCCGCGCCCUGAAGCUCUGCACCAAGCCGGAGGACCUACCGGACAAUAAACUGGGCGACCUCAAUGGUGCGUGUAUCCCCGAGCACCCUGGCGACCUCGUGCAGACCGAGGCCUUCUCCAAAGAAAGGUGGUGAGGGCGGAGGGGCCGCUCCAGUCCCCGCAGAGCAGGAGGCCCCCAGAGAAAGCUGGGGCUGGCAGCCUUUCCUGCCCCUCUCUGCUGCCUUGGGGUUAGCAGGACGCGUGAAGGAUCCGAGGAGCGAGAGGAAUGUCCAUUUCUUAAACUGCCUUAAUAACUAGCCUUUAACCUAUAGGAGCGGGUUUGAACAGGACCCUGGCUUGGGGGUUGAUCACUUUCCCAGCAAAGGGGAGACCACGUGUGGUGCACAGGGAAGAAAUAGCCUUAGCAGUCUGCGGGCCCCACCUGGGUGACAGGAUGCAGAGAAAUCUUGCAGAGGUAGCUCCGAAACCACCUGGCCCAACUAGCCUCAACUGACAGCUGAGGAAAGGCAAUUAGACCUAGAGACCAAGAGAUACUUCUUAAGAUCACAGGCUUAGUGUGAGGACCAGCUUUAAAUCCCAGUCUCCUGGCCCCCAGGCCAGGGUCUCUCCAUUAUAGAAUGUCUUCCUCUGUUGGGGUCAUUCUGGCUUUUUGCUUAGAAACUUGAUCUGAGAUGUUUCUUCCCUGUCCAUUACCAUUCGAUGUUCUUUUAUUCAGAGCAAUGUUUCUCGUAUUCUGAAACUGGAAACUGAACCAGUUUGUUUCUCCUAGUCACCAAGCAUACUUUCCUGGCUCCCCAAGUACUUAAAUGUUUUCAUCUGUCGCACCCCUGUAUUUGCCUCACCCCUGCACGGUCUGAAAUCUUCCUUUCAGGUCAGAACAGUCUGGGGUCUGUGGGUAAAAUCAGCCCUUCUCCCAGGCCUGUGCACACCCCCUCAGCACUCCCUAUGCACUUUCCUGACACACGCAAAGACAGCCCUCGUUCCCCUGUGGGCGUCCUACCCCAGUGAGGUUGAAGGCAGCAAUUCCAAGAAUCCCUCCAACCUCCCUGCCAGCACUCUCCCUUCACCCCACACCCUGCUCCCCCCCCCACCCCCCAACAGCUCCUCUCCAGACCUACCUCGGGACUAAUGUUCUCUACACAAACUGCUCAUUUGGAGGACAGCAGUGAGGUUCUGCCAUAGAGAAAAUGUGUUAGGAGAGAAGGUGUCACAUGGAACCCACCAUCCCUCAUCAAUACUUUCCUGAGUUUGAUCAUCCAUGUAGUCUUGACAAAGAGCAGACCCUACAGAAAUGUGUUGGAGAGCACGUGACCUUGGGGGCAAGGAAUCCAGGAAGGUAUGAAAGGAGGGCUGUCAACAGCAAGGGCUCUUAGGGGUCAGGCACCAGCAUGGAGACCUCACGACAAAGGAAGGGACUCAAAGUAGCAAUGCCCCUCAUAGUGUAGGCUAAAGUGAGUUUGGUGAAUGCAAACCCGUGUGCUCACACACACAGCAUGGGGUAAUGGCGUGUAGACACAGGCCCUCUGCAGAAGCGUGGGGUGGGGACACUGACAGCCCCUAUCUGGUCCCCAGAAACACUGCCAUUUCUGCCACUGGUGUUCAGCUCCUUCUCUUCCCCCAACACUCCCAAAGAUACCCACAGGAAGUCCAGCCAGUCUGUGGGUAGAGGAUUCCCCCAGUCUUGGUCUUGGGCUGCAUUCAUCCUCACAUCACAGCACCUUAAAGCUAAUCAGCAAACUAUACUUUGUACAUGGAAACCUGCAACACAUUAGAAACUUAUAUUUAAAAACAAUUACUCACACUGACCAAUUUUUAAAUGGAGAAUAUGUAAAUAGGAAGUGUUUGGGUUUUGUUAUUUUUUGUUUUCUCUUUAAGAAAAAAAUGUACACCACUCCUCAUGUGCCAUUUUGUCCUCAGAGGGCGGCUUUACUUUUUUGGUAAAGGAACAAGCUGCUGGCCUUGACCAGGAGUUCAUAUAUAACUGUUAUUACAGAGGUAUUGUUAUAACUACUCAUGUUUUUAAAAAAUCUAUUAAACAUUAUUAAACUUGAUCAGGUCAGGCCAAAUAAAGUUUUAUUGGAACACAGA